AGUUGUCGAGGAACCCCGGGGUGUCGCGGAGAGAUGCCCUUGGGGUGAACCGCUUCUGCUCUAAACCGGAAGCUGGAGUGGUGGGAAACAUGUGCACAAGUGUUCGCCCCGGGAGGUCAUGAGCGACUUCCUUGGGGUAAACCAACGUGCACAUUCCCAUCACAAUGAAGCAACACAGGAGCUGCUCUUUCAUGCUUGCGAGCUCACUCAGCAUAAUCGCUGUCGCUAACGACUAUGCGUAGGGGAGUGGCGUCACUGCGUAGGAGUAAAUGUUGCUGGGUAUAGGCAAGGGAGCACUGCCGACCACCCUAAUUUUAGUUCUUCCCACAAACUUAAAUAUUGCAUGGAUAAAGAUUUAAAAAAACAAAAACGCAAAAACAACACCGCGCAAGCGGAGAAGAGACCCGUAAGGGUAGAAGUGCGUGAGGGCGGGAAACCAGCUGAGGGACCCCCGACCGUCUCGAAAGAGCGGGAGGGCGGGAAGCCAGCUGAUAGACCCCCGAUCGUUGAAGAAGGUGGGACUCUGAGCUCCGACGAGGAGAGUGGAGGAACACAGAGAGAAGUAAGGCAGGGCACUCCAGAUGUCUUACAACUGGGGGGCCUGACUUUGAACGAAGAGGAUGCACUGCUCAAAUCACCAUCGAAGGGGGAAACCACUAGGGAGGCCACACCGAUGGAGCAUGAGCAGUUCCACAAGUACGAGUCGAAGGCUCAGAAAAAGAAAGCCAAGCUGCUUAGGAGGAGGGCUGCGACUGCUGGGGAAGGGAGUGGCAUUCCCGAGGUAUUUACCAAAGGGGAGGCCAAGUCCGGCCCGAGCAGACGCGGCUUAAAGAUAAAACGCCAGAGUACUGAUGAGGGUCGCUCGGAGCGUCCUCCAGCGAAACGCCCGAACCAAGGCAAGGCGGCCGCGGAGGGACCACGGAACGUCGCUAAGGCGAAUCGGGGUCUCGCUGUGGCUGUGUGCCGAGAGGACGGAGUUUCGGUGGAUGAGGCUCUGGCGAGACUCAUCAGAAAGAGGCUUACGCAGCUGAUUGAGGUGGUCGUCCUGAAGGUAGUCAGGGGGGAGCCUGGCUUAGUAGCGCCAGGAUUCGCUACGUCGGGGUUGGUGUCGGAAGGAUUCUUCCUUGUGACACCAAAAACGACGGAGUCGAGGGAAUGGCUGCUAAGUCAGGACUUCGGAGAGUUGGAUGGCCACAAAAUCAUCGUGCGCAAGCUGGAGCAGACCAGGGUGCAGGUUUGGGUUCCGGGCGACACGGACACUGAGUACGUAAAGGAGUUCCUUUACGCUCAGAAUCCCGAUCGACCGGAACUCAAAAUUCUGCACUGGAAGGCAGUAGGUAGGGAGGCUCUAGAGCUAGGAACCCGACUGACCUUUAUGGUUCCAGACGGAGUCGAGGAGAGCUGGGGGCAAGAGAAGACCAAGAUUCUGGACUUCUCGGCCACCAGCGUACGAGUCCGGAUUCUGAGGGCGAAUCCAAAUCCACAACCCUCAGAAUCCAAACAAGAGGGACCAGUAGAAGCACCCGAGCUGAAGCAGGAGAGUGCUGAACCCGUCGAUGUCCAUACGGGAGGAGAGGGGAGUAUGGAUGUCGCCGGCAGUGAACUCUUCGAGUAGCAGCUCGGGGACAACAACACUACACACGAGAUGAAAAGAAAGGGAGACACACAGGGAACACUACACAAACACACACACACCAACACACACACGAACAUAUGCCAAGUAAACCUCCAACAUUGUAAGGAUGCGAUGUCCGAGCUGGGACAAUAUGUUAGGAGGGCCGAAGUUGACAUAGCACUGCUGCAAGAACCUUAUGCAUGGAAAAAUCGGGUGGCAGGCCUGGGACAUCUGGGGGGAGCUCUCUACUACGAAGGGAAUGAGACCUUGUUGUGGUGGAGACUUACUUCAUGAAAGAAGAUGGCAAGAGAUACAAGGUGGCGCUAGCGUCCUGCUAUCUGCCGGGCGAUGGAGUGGCACCCACGAAGGAGCUAGAAGAAACGGUACUGUGGUACAGAGGUAAGGGGAUUCCACUGAUUGUUGGAUGCGAUGCUAACGCACACCACGAGGUGUGGGGUAGCACCGACACCAAUGAAAGGGGCGAAUCAUUGAUAGAAUUCAUAAUUAGCAAUGACCUAGAAAUUAUGAACAUAGGUAAUACACCAACGUUUGUAACGAGGGCCAGGAAAGAAGUGCUUGACAUUACCAUGGCAACGAAAGAGGUGAGCGACAAGGUAAAGGGCUGGAGGGUGGAUGUGGAGGACAGCAUGUCUGACCAC